AAUGCACCUAUUUCCUUAGGCAAAUGAAGAAUCUGCUGCAGAACACUUGCAUGAUUCUGAUUUAUCGAAAUAGUUACUGGGGAACCAGCCUAUCCUUCUGUUGAGACAGUACACCAUAACAACAGACAGCAUAACUGUUAUUUUGCGCCAUCUUAUUAAUAAUAUUUAAUAUCUCUCUGAAUUGUUCUGUCACUUUCAAACUUAGGCCACCCCCCCUCUAUGACCAGUUGUGUUUGAGUGGAAAAAGUGCUUAACUAUAAGACCCAGGUCUAACACAACUUCCUUGACCCCUCAAGGAAGACAUUGAGGCUGGAGCUAUGCACCGUUGACAAAUGCACACAUACGAUCAAGAUGCAACAGUUUCAGAAUGGUUAUUUCAGGCUGAUUCUGUAUAUUGACUCUCCAUGUAAAAAUCUUUGGUGUGGUUGGCAGCAAGUUAAUGCUACAAUAAAUAUUGAAAAAUUAUUUUAUUAAAGAAUAAAAGACCAGACACUUUGUAGACUUAAGACAGCUUGUUCCAUGUAUUCUGUUAAGGCUGAAAGUGAAAUACAAUUUUUUCUAAAUUCUUAUAUAUACCUCCUAAUUAAAUUUCAUAGGGGCAAAGUAUUGAAAUUGAAUGGAGUUUCUCAAGGCCCUCGAUGAAGCAAAGAAACAAGGGAUCUCUAAAGAAGAGUUUGUGCAAAUAUGGGACACCGAAGCAAAGCUAAAUCUUCAAAAAGAGGAAAGCAGGACACUGGAGUUGAGGCUCGCCUGUGGCACCCAGAGGGUAAGGAGCUAUCCAUAUAUGAUGCCAUGCGAUUUUUGCCUAUUUAGCAGAUAUGUAGGCAACAUAAAAUAAUGUUUGUCUAUUCAAAAAAUUUUUUUUAGCGUUCAUGGCUUAAUUCCUCUAAACAGAAUAUUCUGUCUUUAAAUCUAGAUAGAAGUUUUAAGGUUCAGAGUAAAGAAUUUGUUUUUUUUUCUUCAUAAUAUAGUUUAAGGAAGAGUUCCCCUUUUAUGGCAGCUUUUCCCAACCUUUCCUACCCCUGCAUCCCCUACGAAAUAUUUGAUUUGUGUCGCAUCCCUCAGGAAUGGAUUGAAUUAGUCUUCCUAUGAAUUGAUUGACUAAAUCUAGCACCUCCUGCAAAAAUAACAAUACAAUUGAAAAUUUAAAAAUAAAUGACUUCUAACAUAUUUUUGAAUUGCAAAAAGGACUGUAGGACUUAGAAAAUAAACUCAUGUCUUUUACAUAUAGGAAAAUGUUCAGGAAGAAAUGUUUAGCAAUUUAUAAACAUUUAAUAAAAUCUGUUCUUUUUGUCCCUUUUCAUCACAAAAUGGGGAAACCUUGACUUAUGGCAUAAUUAUACCUAAGACAAACAUUUACAUCACCAGCCCUCAUGUAAACCAGGCAUACACCAAUCCAAUGUCAAGUAACUUUGACUAACCGGUACUCUUUAUUCCCCAUAGAGAAGCUCCUGGCUUGAGAGUCCCUUUCAUCACAAAGUCAUUUAUACCCUUUUACUCACUCUUCAACUCAAACAACUUAGCUGCAAAAUGGGAUGAGCUAUAGUAUUUUUAAGAUAAGAAGGAAGCUGACUAUCAAUUUACACAAGGAUUGACUUUAACAAGAGGCUCAUAAUGAUCAUUUUUCUUAUACCCCAGGAUCCUAUCCUGCCUGCACUUACCUCAGACAAAAUUGAGGACCUCUUACACAAAAACUUGAAGGCACAACAACAUCAGAUUCAAGAACUGAAGUCAAGUAUCCUCAAAGAGCAUCAAGUGCAGUAUCAGGAGAUUGCCAAGCUUCUGGAGACUCAAGCUGCUCUCAUAGGGCAGGUCAUGAGAAAUGAAUUGGAGAGAGUUAUCCAAUCACUCCAUUUAAAUUCAGGCUUUUCAGGCUCCUCUUACAACCACGGCUUGCAUGACCCACACGAAAGCAAUGGAUAUAACGGUAUGCAAAGAGAUGGUGCAUAUUUUGCCCCUACGUUUGAUGCUGCCCAAGAGUACCAAACAAAUGCCGGCCAUUGCCCCCAAGAAACACUUCAGCCCCAAAAACCUCAGAAAAAGAAAAAACAGAAAGUGCUUGAGAAGCCUCUCUCCAUGUCAUGCUCACGGCUGGACAAUAUGCCAGACAGUGACGAAGUUAUGGAUUUUCUACCUGCAGAUGGCGCAGAGUUCAUUAUUCAGAGUGUGCAGACCAGCGCCACAUCAGGUGAAUACCGGAUGACGCCAACCUACUACUUGAACGAUUGCCCCUGCAAGGUGCGUCUCUGCUUUGUAUUUGGCAUCAAGGGUCAGUUGAUUGUUUACUUCUCUAUCGCCGGGGUCAGCAAUCAGCCGUUGAAAGCUGCAAGAAUAUUUGAGUGCAUUGGUUACAUCAAGAAUAAAAACUCUGGUGCUUUUUCCCAUUUGUUUGAGGUGGUCAGUCAACCAUUGAGAAAACUGAAGCCCAACAAAGAAAUUCAGGUUCUUGGAACUGUGAGCCUGAAGACAUCAGGGGGAACAUUCAAAGACGUGACCACUCAGCAGUUAGAGGAUAGAGGGUUUGUCAUUAAUAAUACCAUGGUUAUCAAGUGGGUGACAGAGUCCUUUGAGGCCUCAUCUAAUGCUGCCUGAUGUCAAACAAAACUUAAAGUUUAAUAUGGAAAUAAAACCCAAAAACCCCCAGUAGAUUAAAGACUAAUUUGAUUAUGGUGAUUAUUUUUCUUUAUUCAAGAAUGAAUGUAAUUGGAUCACAAUAAUUUAUUGAUCUUAUUCUUCAAAGAAUUUUUUUUCCUCUAUAAUUGUGAAGUCCCCAAUAGUUGUGAUAAGUCUCAGAAUCCAAGAUUAUUGUAUUUUUCUAAUCAUUUCUUCUGUUACCUACUAGAGCCUAAGAUCAGUUUACUUAGGGUUAAAUUUAAGAUAACAUGUUUCUAGAAUUAUUUAACUUUACACAAAAUAUGAAUAAACAGAUCUAAUAUAAUAAUCUUGCUCUCUAAAUAUUUGGACCAAUCUAUUCCAAUUUUUUAAAGGAUAUACCGUGUUCUCAAUUGGUUUUGAUAUUUUGGAAGUAAAGCUCCAUGUUGUAAAUAUUGAAUGACCUGUUCUGACCCUUUCAUUCUAAUGAAUACCCUUACUUCAUCCAGUGCAUACAUGUAUUGUUUCUGCUUAGACUUGAAAGUGUUAUGGGCGCAUUUUUUCCAGAAUAAUUUUAAUGUACUAUGAGGACUGCAAUUUUGUCUGUGUAAUUCCAAUAAAGAUAAACAACAAAACAUGUGGUCCUGGAGUUUAUUUUGUUGUUCAAUUUUGCUAUUUUAUUUUUGGCUUCUUUCUGUUAAGUGGGAAAAACCCCCAACAUUUUUUUGGUUUGUUUCAUUGAUAUAUCACUUGUUGUUUUGUAUAUUACUAAUUAAAUUUGAUUGAAUUGCAAGAUAUGAUGUUUAUUGAGCAUUUACUUCUUUCUUUCUUUACCAGUCCAGCAAAUAAGCUGUCUUAGUUACAGUUGUCAGCUGUGGAUCACUUAUUUCUGUUUUAAACUGGUAUAAGGACACAAUUUAAAUAGGAUUAAAUAUAUUGACUUAAGAAAUGUUUCAAAUUCAUCCUACAAAUUUAAUUGUGGCUUUGCACUCAUUAGAUUUUAAAUUGUUCAUGACAUUAUGGGCUAUUAAUAACAAGUGGUUGUUCCAACUACCAUACUUAUAACUUUGAGAUCUCAUUUUAUUUAGUAAACAUGGUCAUUUUUUUGUGUCUCUAAUUAAUAUUGAAAUUAAAAGUGACAUUUGCACUGCCUUUAAUUUACUAAGAUUUUUCAGUUAUUAAACUAUAACUCUGUUAA